GCACCGUCGUCCUGCAUGCCUCCCCUUACCCCUUCUCCUUCCAUUCCUCUCCCCUCCCUUCUUCCUGAGACCCUUCCCCACUAGGCCCCAGCCCCUUCUCCCAUGACAGGUCAUCUCUGUCCAACCUUAGCCUGUCCCUCUCCCCUUCCCUGUGUCUUGUCUCACGAGCCCCUUCAGGGUGGGAGCAGGCUGUGGGGCUCACCCCAAAGCAGAACCUUUCCAUCCGAGAGGACUCUAGGCCUCCCCCCAUGUGACAGCUGAGGGCUGUGGCUUGCAGAAAGCAGACUGCUUAACGGCCCUGUACUCCAGGAAAUCGGUUGUGGCUGUAGGGUGACCCGGCUCCUCUGCUGCCAUGAACAGGGCCCCUCUGAAGCGGUCCAGGAUCCUGCACAUGGCACUGAUGGGGGCUUCCGACCCCUCCGGAGAGGCCGAGGCCAGCGAGGAGAAGCCCUUUCUGCUGCGGGCCUUGCAGAUUGCGCUGGUGGUCUCUCUCUACUGGGUCACCUCCAUCUCCAUGGUGUUCCUUAACAAAUACCUGCUGGAUAGCCCCUCCCUGCGCCUGGACACCCCCAUCUUCGUCACCUUCUACCAGUGCCUGGUGACCACGCUGCUGUGCAAGGGGCUCAGCGCCCUGGCCGCCUUCUGCCCGGGCAUCGUGAACUUCCCCAGCCUGCGCCUGGACCUCAGGGUGGCCCACAGCGUCCUGCCCCUGUCGGUGGUCUUCAUCGGCAUGAUCACCUUCAAUAACCUCUGCCUCAAGUACGUCGGCGUGGCCUUCUAUAACGUGGGCCGCUCACUCACUACCGUCUUCAACGUCCUGCUCUCCUACCUGCUGCUCAAGCAGACCACCUCCUUCUAUGCCUUGCUCACUUGCAGCGUCAUCAUCGGUGGCUUCUGGCUUGGUGUGGACCAGGAGGGGGCCGAGGGCACCUUGUCUUGGAUGGGCACCCUCUUCGGCGUGUUAGCCAGCCUCUGCGUCUCGCUCAACGCCAUCUACACCAAGAAGGUGCUCCCGGCCGUGGACGGCAGCAUCUGGCGCCUGACCUUCUACAACAACGCCAACGCCUGCGUCCUCUUCCUGCCCCUGCUCCUGCUGGUAGGCGAGCUCCAGGCCCUCCGCGACUUUCCCCAGCUGGCCAGCACCCACUUCUGGGGCGUGAUGACCCUGGGCGGCCUGUUUGGCUUCGCCAUCGGCUACGUGACGGGGCUGCAGAUCAAGUUCACCAGUCCCCUGACCCACAAUGUGUCCGGCACGGCCAAAGCCUGUGCCCAGACGGUGCUGGCUGUCCUCUGCUACGAGGAGACCAAGAGCUUCCUCUGGUGGACGAGCAACAUGAUGGUGCUGGGGGGCUCCUCUGCCUACACCUGGGUCAGGGGCUGGGAGAUGAAGAAGAUUCAGGAGGAGCCCAGCCCCAAAGAGGACGAGAAGAGCAGCAUGGGGGUGUGAGCUCCCCCGGGGACCCUGGGAUGGCCCAGCGGGGAGAACGCCCAGGGUGGGGCCGGAACAGCAGUGAAGGCAUCUCUCCAGACCCAGACAGGGUGGCCUGGAGGGGGAAUUGUUUACAGACUUGACCGGAAUCUGGUGGUCGAAAUGGAACCAGCGUUUUCAAGUUGUGUCAGAAAGUUGCCAAACCUGUCUCAA